AUGAUUCCAAGGUUAGCUUUAGCCUCCAGUUCCACCCAGUCAUCCCUAAGCCUUUUUCCUCUCUGCUCCGAUCCAACCUCCCUCUCUCCUCAGUCGCUCUCAGCACCAGCAGCAAGCCCUCAACACUCCCUUACGCGAUCACACAUGCACGUCCCUAGCACUCACACACACUUUCUCUCCUACCCUGCUACAUGUGAAUAUCUACGACAGUCACAUUUAGGUCGACCUAGAGAGGCAGUCUGUUCUAAGACACUGAAGGCAGUCUGCAUCACUGCUCUUCCUCUCCUCUCUCUCCAGGGGUCAGCGGUUGUUCCUGUCCAGGUAGAUGAUCGCCUCCCAUCCUCCUACGGCUCUCAUAUGUCCAGCAAUACCAGACCACCGCUCUCACAGGUCCAGCAAUACCAGACCACCGCUCUCACAGGUCCAGCAAUACCAGACCACCGCUCUCACAGGUCCAGCAAUACCAGACCACCGCUCUCACAGGUCCAGCAAUACCAGACCACCGCUCUCACAGGUCCAGCAAUACCAGACCACCGCUCUCACAGGUCCAGCAAUACCAGACCACCGCUCUCACAGGUCCAGGUAAAGCAGACAACUGCUCUCACAGGUCCAGGUAAAGCAGACCACCGCUCUCACAGGUCCAUUAAUACCCAGACCACCGCUCUCACAGGUCCAGCAAUACCAGACCACCGCUCUCACAGGUCCAGCAAUACCAGACCACCGCUCUCACAGGUCCAGCAAUACCAGACCACCGCUCUCACAGGUCCAGCAAUACCAGACCACCGCUCUCACAGGUCCAGCAAUACCAGACCACCGCUCUCACAGGUCCAGCAAUACCAGACCACCGCUCUCACAGGUCCAGCAAUACCAGACCACCGCUCUCACAGGUCCAGCAAUACCAGACCACCGCUCUCACAGGUCCAGCAAUACCAGACCACCGCUCUCACAGGUCCAGCAAUACCAGACCACUGCUCUCACAGGUCCAGGUAAAGCAGACAACUGCUCUCACAGGUCCAGGUAAAGUAGACCACUGCUCUCACAGGUCCAUUAAUACCCAGACCACCGCUCUCACACACAAUGUCAUCUCAACCCGACGGCUGGGAGCUGGAGGUCGUUGGUUUGUUAGCUGCCGUUAGCUGCUCUUCUGAGACUCUCAGGUUCAGCGGAGAGAGAGGGUGUGUUCUUUUCCCCAGUCGGUGCUCCCACAAACAGAACACACACUUAUCUUGUUCGGCAGAGGCAAUAGAGUUGAACACGCACCCAGCUCUCAGGAACACAUGAAGGAGACUGUCAGAUCGAUCUCUGUUGCUCUCCCUCUCUGUUCAGAGAGCUGUGCUGUAGCAGUACACCUGGCUGGCAGAACAGAUGAAGGUGGUUUGGAUCAAUAGCAGCAGUAUCCCUGCUCCAAAGACACGCCACUCUGCUCACAUCCACAGCAAGCUAGCUCAUUGGGGUAAGGCAGUCAGUCCACCCAACUCUCAUUGUUCUCUCUCCCUGUUUAUUACUCUCUCACUUCUCGCUCUCUCCCAGAACACUGCUCACUCCCUAUCUCGCUG